AUGAAGACCAGAGGCUCUGAACCAGAACCCUGCAACACCUCAUUAGAGGAGAUGAGAAUGACUAUAGCCAAGAGGAAAGUCAGACAUGAUGGAGAAGGUCCUGCAAACAAAAAUAAAAAGAAGGGCUUUGACCUGAGUGACAAGGGAAAUGAGGCGUCUACGUCGUCCACAGUGGGCAAAGAGAGAUGCAGUCCAGCAGAAGGCUGCGAUGGCUCUCAGAAGGACCUGAAGAAGAAGACAAAGGGUAAAAGAAAGGUGACCAAUGACAGAGAGAACCACAAGAACACUGAAAAAUCCAAAAAGGACUCAGUCUAUUCAGUGGAGACCAGCAGAGUUGCACUGGAGGCCAAAUAUGAGCAGCUGAAUGAGCUUGGAGCAGGAGGCUGUGGUUCAGUCUAUGCCGGAUACAGAAAAGCAGACCAUCUCCCUGUGGCUAUCAAACAUAUCCCCAGGGGGAAUGUCUUCUGUAAACAAGUGAUGGAGAAUGGGCAGCAGAUCUCUGUGGAGGUGGCUGUCAUGUUAAAGUUGACAUCUGGAACACCUGGUACAGUCGGGACCUCGGCAGCCGUGUCACUAAUAGACUGGUAUGACCUGGACCAGGAGCUGGUCCUGGUGCUGGAGAGGCCAGUCCCCUCUGUGGAUCUCCUCAAAUACAUUGAAGUGAAUGGAGGCUCCUUGCAGGAGGAGGAGGCCCAGGAGAUACUGAAGCAGCUGGUUGAAGCGGCAGCAGAACUUGAAUCCAAACAAAUCUUCCACCGGGACAUCAAAGUGGAAAACAUCUUGAUAGAGACCAGUUCUGAUGUCCCUCGGGCCCGCCUUAUCGAUUUCGGCCUGAGCUGCUUUUUCAAGCAAAGAUCUCAUUAUAGUGUCUUCUAUGGCACCUCCGCUCAUGUUCCUCCAGAGUGGCUGACUCAGUGGACCUACAAGGCCGGGCCCACCACUGUGUGGCAGCUCGGGGUAGUCCUGUAUGAGAUGCUCCACAGAGACGCUUCUUUUGAGACCAAAAGCUUCCUGAGAAACGAAAUCAAGAUCGGCAAGCAUUUGUCUGAAGCUUGUCAGGAUGUGUUGCAGAUGUGUCUGUCUGAAGCUCCAGAGCAGCGGCUCACUUUGAAGCAGCUACAGCUACACACCUGGCUCAGCCUGUCCUCAUCUUCUUAG